AUGUAUCGCCCCAGGCGAUUACCACCAGGGCAUCGCCGCGCAAGAGUGGCGUGGUGCUCAGUACCGUCAAUGCUGCUCAUUCUGGUCUUUCUCAUCUUCAAUGUGUUCCUUUGGUUGCCAUUCCCACAGCGUCUGCAGCAUGUCUCGGAUGGGGAAGGUGAUGCAGCGGCAGUAGCGCCACCGUCGACAACAGCGGGCGUAGACGCAAAUGCAGGUAUAGUCAAGAAGAUGACAGCUGCAGCAAUACCCGUCCCACGACCAGCGCCAGGCGAAGGAACGCAGGGUCUAAUAUCUCUGGGUUCACUGGCCAAUGAAACACGAAAGGGAUUACAAGACGUUGAGGAAUCACCACUCUUACGUGUGUACUAUACUCGACGAAGCCGGCUUUGGACACUCAAAGCCAUCGUGGAGAAGGUUGGGUACAAGCAGGGUGUGACGCCGACCAUCUGCCCACCUUUACCGGGGAAUGUGACAAUUCCUAUCGAAGAGCCUUUUGAGAUUGGAAUGAUGCGUGAGUUUGUGGGCGGCAUGUAUCACCCGGUGCACUGUAGACGGUGGGAGCGAUACGACCGCCAGAUCCAAGAGGAAGAGCAGUCUAUCAAGCCUUUACAGGAAGGACGGAAGAAGUGUAGCGAAUAUGCAUCGUGGGACCAAGCCGAGGUGAUGAAGCAUGUGCCAAAGUAUGCGUACGUGAUGAUGGUGUCGAAUCACCGUUACUUGGAUGGGGCAAUGGUGCUGGCAGACUCCAUUCGCAGGCAGUCUCCUCUGAGCCGCAACGGUGGUGCGGACAUUGUGUUGAUGAUCAGCGAGCACAUCAAAAAGGAAAUGUUUGUAUUGCUACAAGCUGCCUUUGACCGGGUGAUGGUUUUUCAUGGGCUACAGCAGUGGGCCCCAAAGAGUGCGUAUCAGGCCACUUUUGACAAGAUGUACCUUUACAUGCUGGAGGACUACACGGGUGGGAUUGUGUUCCUUGAUGCAGAUAGCCUCAUCACCGAUAAUCCAGACUUCCUCUUGAAAAUGCCUGAGAGUAUCGUGAGGGUUGUACACUCCACGGAUCCCAGCAGCUGGACAAAGGAACGACGUGAUGCACUCUCUUACCCGCUCGCAGAGCACGAGUGGAAAAGACUCAUAGCGAAUAAGACUGUGCCAUUGUUAUUUGCAGUUGGUGAUGAUGCUUACUUUCAAACCGGUCUGAUGAUUCUUCAACCGUCGCUGAAGGUGUUUCUUGACCUUUACUUGGAAUUUCGUCUUGGUAGUUACGGGUACAAUCGUUGGCAAGCGCGCGAUGGACUUCUCUUCCGCGCCUGCUUUAACACCAUUGGGGAAAUGCUGAAGCGCCCUCGUGGGGUGUACCACUUUACUGGCACGCCAAAGCCGUGGUUCAAUCUCGAGCGCCUUGAUCAUAGUUUGCAGGUGAUGGGGGUAUGGAUGCGAAAGCAGCUUUCCCAGUCAUGGCGAGAUAACGCUAAUCGGUACGAAUGGUGGACGCUGUAUGAAUCGCUCCACGUGGAGGUGCUUCGUCACAUCGAAAUGGAGACACGCAAACGUUUAGGUCCUGCGCAAGAUUUGGCACUUAAGAAGUGGCGCAAAAAGUAUGGGUCUGGAAUGAAGAACAUUCCCGCGGAGGUGCAUAUCACAAAGUAUGGCGGAGCAGUGCUGCUGCGUAAACCAACGGUGUCGUUGCCACUCCCUCUUGGUCUCCGCUCGGUGGAGGAGGCUGAGCACGCGUCCCCUAACGCAUACAUGUGGUUGAUGCGCUUUAGCAAGGCAAAGGAGUACCUGCAUCCCACAAGAGCGCAUGUUGCAAAGCUGCGCAUUGGUACAACUCCCAUUGCCUCCGCCGAUGAGUUGCAUCUUCUUCUGUCUCCCUCUUCACCUCCUUCAUUCCCACUGAAGGCGAAAAUGAACGGCUCUGUUGCGUACGCGUUUGCAGCGGUGCAGACCCAACAGCCUGCAGGUGACGAAGAGGAGGGAGGGGGUGAAUGGCAUAAUUGCGAGACUUCCUGUGCCAAGCUGCAGCUACAGUGUGAUGUGUCCCUGUUGCUUGACACACGUAUUGCGGACUGUCAGCACGGUAAUCCCGUUGGCACCAUGGCAAAUGGUCUUAUUCGCUGCAAACGUUGUCUGCCACAUUUCAAGGCGGGUGCACCAUUUGUUCUCUUUCAAAAACAUGAAUCGAAUGGAGCAUGGAUCCAGGAAGUUGAUGUGUGCUUUUUCAACGCCUGGACUCGCUUCAGUGUGCCUCAGUGCAACGCAUCAAAGCCACACUUGAAAUCAUAUGAAUUAAAAAAAGGGGACCUCUUGGUUCCUGUAUGCGCUUGUCGGUGA